GGCGUAAAUUGUGUUCUCAAUCAUAACAAAAAAAAUCUAUAUGACGAAAUGGUGUGGCAACGUCAUUGUGCUGCGCCGGAAUUGAGAAACUGGCAGGAAAAUAUUCAAGCUAGCCGCUUCUAGCUUCUUGUUUUGGAAGCAUACGUUGAAAGGAGAAGAGCUUCUGCGUUUCGCUCAGUCGGCUAGCUUGCUAGCUAUAAAGUUAGUUGCGUUGCAGCUGUUAAACUAAGGAGUUGGAGAACUCUAAUAAGAAAUCUGACGUUAUGGACUCUGCCAAUCAAGACAUUAACCUCAACUCUCCCAAAAAAGGCCUUGGAGUGGACUCUCUGGACGCAGAUGUGCCGGUGGAAGAAGCUGCAGGGAACGCGGGGGCAACCCUGCCCCCGGGCCUGACAGAGGACGAGGCGGAUGAGCUGAGGUUGGAGCUCACCAAGGUGGAGGAGGAGAUACAGACCCUGCGGCAGGUGCUCUCGGCCAAAGAGAGACACGCUGGCGAGCUGAAGAGGAGGCUGGGCCUCACUCCGCUGAAUGAGCUCAAGCAGAACCUCAGCAAGGGCUGGCAGGACGUUCAGACCUCCACUGCCUAUGUGAAAACCUCAGAGAAACUGGGCGAGUGGAAUGAGAAAGUUACCCAUUCUGACCUAUAUCUUUCAGCUUCUGCAACUUUGGAGGACAUAAGCCGUUCUGACGCGUAUAAGAAGACUCAGGAAACACUGUCUCAGGCUGGGCAGAUGACCUCUGCAGCUCUGUCCACUGUGGGCACGGCCAUCAGCAGGAAACUGGGAGACAUGAGAGCUCUGCCUUUGUUGAAUUCUUUUGGUGGCUACUCAAUUCGGCAUUCAAUAAGCAUGCCUGCUAUGAGGAACUCCCCAUCAUUCAGGUCCUUUGAAGACAAGAUGGAAAACAUCAAGCAUAAGGUGGUGGGAGCUCGAGGGAGCAGCGAUGGACUCCAAUCCCCAACCGGAACAAACUCUCAAGACCACGCCCCUUUCUGAAGCGUCCCCCCACCAAUGGACUAAGUUCUCACUCACCUGAACCCUGACCUCUGACCCUCAUCUCCCUCACUAUAGCAUGUGCAUAUCUCAUCUCAACUGCAUUUAUGCAGCUGCAAAGAAAAAGCUGGGUUGCAACAUGUUAGAAAAUUGCAAACUGUAAACAUGGUAAACCGUUUUCUAUGAUCAACUAUUUUUCACUGCUUUGCACACAUUUUUACAUGAAUGUUAUCUAUCUUGCUCUGUAUUGUAAAUAUCUACAUAUAGACUGAACUGCCUACUGACAUUAAUCAGCAGCAGAUUAAGAACCUAAAAAACAAACAACAACAGGACAUGAGAACUUAAUUGGUUUCGUAUCUGAAGCAAUCACGUGCCGAGGUUUAGUUGCGAUCAUGUGCAUUUACACUGAGUACGAGGUCGAGCUGUGGGCCGAGUGAAUGUAGAAUCCUGUUUCAAAAUGUAGGCGUAAGUUUUGAGGCUUGUCCUGUUGGAAUUUGAUAACCCACUCUAAAGUGUAUCUUUAGAGAAGUAUUGUUUUGUUCUGUGAAUCACUAGCUAUCCAUUGACGGGAGCUGAGUUGUUGCAGUUCAAGGUCAAGUCUUAGGAUGGUCAGUGAUGGGAUUAAAUCCAUCUCCUGAAAAUUGCUGUGAAAAAAUAUGGGUGACCUUUUUUCCAGGAUGUUCCUCGUUACACUUCUGUACUCUCUUGCUUGGAGAAUAUCAAAUCUCAAAGAUUUAUUUUUUCUAUUUUGUUUGAGAAUUGAGGGACAGAGGAGCUCUGUGUGUGUGGGUGGGCAUGCGUGAGAGUGUGGAUUAGUGACUGUAUUUGUGUGUGUGUGUGUGUGUGUGAGAGAGAGAGAGAGAAAGAGUGUGUGAGUCUGAGUGUUAGGCAGGCUCUUGCUUUAUGCUACCCACAGACUUAGGUGUCAAAACAGCUGCAACUGUCAUUUAGAAGUAACGUCACCUAGCCAUUGCGCAGCAGAUGCCAUCCGUUGAAGGUAUUCCUAGAUGUAUUUUGCCAGUCUGAAGCACCGGGAAUAAAUACCGAACAAACGUCUAUAAUGUUUGUUAAAUGUUUAAAAAAGGCUUGGAAUUGUUUUGUUUUUUUUUUAUUAAAAAUUAUACAAACGUUAGCCAAUUAUAUUAACGGCCAAAUUAAUAUUUGUUAUUUUGGUUUAGAAUGCCAGUGGUUCAUGUUGGUGAUUGUAGGUUGUCUUAACUGGUGUCAGUCAUUUAAAAUUGUGGUUUAUGGUCAAGUGUGAUGCAGUUGAUUUGAUGUAGGAUGUUUGCUACCUAGCCCGUUGGGGACAGUUCUCAGAUUGCAAUCAGUGAAAAUCUGCUGCCACUGUUUCUUGGAUAGCUCAUGGCGUAUCAAAUCAUGAUCUUCGUAUCCGGUCAUGAUGGGGAAACGAUGAAUCGCUGUUACGUUAACGUAAGGUCAGAGGUAUUAGAUCACCUUGCUAAUUAAUUUGAAAGCUUGCUACAGUUGUUGAUUAGUUUGUUUAUGUCCAUUGUUGGGAUAUAAAUAAAGCAUUCCUUUGAAUCGG